AUGGAAGGUAAUGAACUUGUUCAGUACCUUGGAACGCUUGUGAGGAUGGCCGAUCAUGUUUCAAUAGAAUAUUCUGACUGGAGAAAGGUUCCCAUACAAAAGAAAGAGGAUAUGUAUUCACUGGUUAAGUCCAAGUUUAUAUUUCAUCCAGUUGAGACUAGUGAGAUUAAAAAAUGGAUCUUUCAUAGCAUGGGAAAAAAAUGGAGAACAUGGAAAGGUUCAUUAAAGACACGUGCGUAUGAUCCUAGCCUUUCUAUUGAUGAAAUUGGGACACAACAAACUAAAAAAGACAAUAGAGUGAAUCCAACUCAAUUUAAAGAAUUAGUUACUCGUUGGUUCACUUCUGAAUUUCAGAGUACAUGUGCUGUAAAAAGAACGAGUCGUGAAAAGAUGCACGAGCCUCAUGUUACGGGAACGAAAUCAUUUGCCAGACUUGCUCAUGAAAUGGCAAUAAAUAAUAAUGGUGUAUACCCAUCACGAGGGAGAAAUGUAUGGAACAACCGCACUCGAAAGAUGGAAGUAUUGGAUGAGAAAACGGCUGAAGUGGUGGCUUCAUUGAAAGCUAUUGCAAGUGAUUCCAUAAGCACACCUAGAGAUUCAAGUGAUAUUACAAAUGAUGACUACUCAAAGGUUAAAGGCCCAGAGAAAAGGGGGUAUGUUCGAUUAGUUGGAAGGAUGCCGGCUGCAAAAAAGGGUGGGACUCUUCAUCAGAUUCACAAACGGUUCAUCACUAAAGAGUGUUGUCAACGUUAUGGCAAACAUCAUCCAAGAACAUAUCCCUAAUGCAAACUUGUCUGCAGUUCUUAGAAAUAUGAACAUAGAGGUCCCUGGUAUUUCUUCAGUCCCUAACAACUCUAUAUCAGUUAACCAGAUAUCACCAGUAAGAAGUCAGGAUAACAAUGGUAACCACUAGUGUCAUUGGUAGAAAGAGUUUACACGAGGAGCACAUUACUACUUCCAUGAAGAGUUUGAGAGAGAUUUAAGAGCGUAAUGAUUUUUUGUGUUUAAUGUUAGAUUUUUAGACUUAAUUGACACUUAGUAGGAAUUUGUUUCCAACAUUUGGAACGUUUUUGGAGACGAUUUAACUUUUAAUUGAAAUGAUGG